AAAAAAAAAAAAAAAAAAAAAUCCUUGCUACCACAAAAUAAACAAAACAAACAUUAACUUCCGUCACUACACCCAACCACCAUAUUUCAACCCGCUUACAAACCAGCCUCCACCAUGAAUUUCCACCACCAUCACUAACUUCCACCAUCACUAUCACAUACAACUUCAACGUUAACUUCCACCAUUACUCCAACACGAAUUUCCACCACCAUCCUUAACUUCCACCACCCUCACUAACUUCCACCACCCUCAAUAACUUCCACCAACACCACCAUUAACCACUACUAUGAAAGCACCACUCCUUCGCUCCCCCAUUAACCCCAAAAAUACCAUUUCCUCACUAACUUUUCUCCUUCUCUCUCUCUCUCUCCCCUUUCGCCCAAACAGGUUAGCUUCACCUUGUUCCUCAACAUUGCCAGAGAACUGUUGCUGAAGAUUCGCUCGUCCACGACGCCUGAAAGCAGAAAGUACAGGUAUAGACGCUGGGCGAGAUCCACACUAGUGUUGGUGCCCCUUUUCGGAGUGCACUAUGCGGCUCUCCUCGGCUUCACCUACUUCAUGGGCAAGAACCAUACGAUUGAACUCAUCUGGCUCUUCACUGACCAGUUCUUCGCCUCUUUCCAGGGCUUUUUUGUGGCAACACUGUACUGCCUUCUGAACGCGGAGGUGAGGUCGGAGCUGAGAAAAAUCUGGCAUCACUGGCGAAUGAAACAAGAGGGUGAGAAGAGUAUGAUCUUCCAUUCAGCUUUUUCUCAGUCCAGGACGUAUUUUAGCCGGGGCACAGGUAUGCCGUGUCUCGCCAACGCCGCCCACAGAAAGAAGGAUGGAGGAAACCCGCCCACAGGCAGCCCCCCGGGACUCCUGACGAAUGCCACCAAGGUCAACGGGGCCCCGGUGCAGCCUUCCUUCCUGGCGAGUCACAGGAACUCCAGCUGUGACGACCUGCCCGAUCAGCAGUCCCUGACGAUGAGCCUGGCGGUGGUGGAGCUGCAGCAGCGGCGGCGUGACGACGACGACGACGACGACGACGACGAGGAGCUGACGGAGGCCACGACCGCCGCGGAGACCAACUGGUACCCGGCCCCCGCGGAGGCCUCGGGCGACCUCGAGUGCGCGCUCAUCCUGCAGCCGCUCAGCCACAGCGCCCACGAGCCGCCCCCCGAGGCCGCCGCCGCCGCCCCCGCCCUCGACGCCGCCGAGGACAUGGGCUCCGACUCGGGCCUGGGCGAGCUGCCGCCGCCCUCCUCCAUCCUGUACCACACCGCCGACUCGUGCGAGGGCUCGCCGCUGCUGGCCGCCGGGCCGCGCCUCGCCGAGAGCGCCUUCUGAGCCGCCGGCGGGGCACGGGCGGGAGCCUUGAGAGCCAGGUGACGGGCGGGCAGACGGAGAGGCAGAGGGGGAGUGUUGGAAAAUGACAGAAAUGGUGGGAAGGCUACACGUGCACACGUACAUUUGAGCA